GUGUACAGGGUCACCCUCCUCAGCAGUCUGUAACUGCCAACACUGGGAACAACCCAGAUGCCCGUGGGCGAGAGGGUGGGGAGUGGCUCGUGCACUUCCACCCGCGACGCCCCAGACGCUGCGCAAAGAGCGAGGACCGAGGACACCGAGGGGAACCAGCAGAGCACAGACGGGCACGGACAGCGCGCCGCCUCCGUUCAAGAGCAGGCGCUGUAGGAAAAGACGCAUGCACCUGCUCGUUUGUGCACACGCGAGGAAAACCGGGCCCUGGAGAGACUGGUUGAUUUCCAAACCACCAACCAGCAGGAAAUAGAAAGUUCAGAGAAAUAGAAACUACCGGGGGAAAAGGGUGGAGCUACUGAGCUCUGUCAGGGCCCCCUCCGCAGCCUGCCCAGACUCGCCAUCAUGAGCCGCACUUCCCAAACCGUCUUCACUGGCGCCAACACAGGCCUCCCCCCAUCUUAUGAAAUGGUAAAGGAGGAGCACGAGGUGGCCAUGCUGGGGGGGGCCCCCCACAGCUCUGCCCCGGCUUCCAGCACCGUCAUCACCAUCCACAGCGAGACCAGCGUGCCCGACCACGUCGUCUGGUCCUUGUUCAACGCGCUCUUCAUGAACUUUUGCUGCCUGGGGUUCGUGGCCUAUGCCUACUCCGUGAAGUCCAGGGACCGGAAGAUGGUGGGCGACAUGACGGGAGCCCAGAGCUAUGCCUCCACCGCCAAGUGCCUGAACAUCUUUGCCCUGAUCUUCAGCCUCCUUCUGUUCAUCGUUUUCAUUGCUCUCUAUGUCACUGGCUCGGUGAUCCUCUUCCAUGCCAUUUCCCAGAAAAUGCAGGACCGUGGAAGCUACUAGAAGCUGCCCUUUGCCAAGGCCCACGCCCUGCACCACCCACUGCUGGCCUGCGUCUGGGGUGUUGACCUGCCCCUAGAGCCCCCCUUUUACAGCAGUUUGUGACACACAUAUCUGUCCAGUUCUGAACACAAUAAAGAGCUCUGAGGGUCCUGGUGCUGUGGUGUCUGCUGGGGUUGGGGGCAGGCAUUGCUGUGUGUCUCCAGCCUGGUCUGAGGCCGGGCUGAGGGCUUUCCUUGUCCCCUGCUCUGUUCAUCGGAGAGAAGCUGGGCAGGUCCUCAGGCCUUGCUGUUUUCAGGCCUCCCAUGGGGUGUGGUAUCUGGACUGGGGUCCUUGUGGGGGUGGGGGGUCCCUCUGUCCUGGGGAUCUGAGCCCUGACCCAGGUGGGCUGAGGUGGGGAUGACAGAGCUGGGUCCUGAACAACCUUGGUCUUGGGAUAACCCUGCAGACUCAGCUUGCAGGAGCCGCAGCGAUGCUGGGUGAGGUGUGUGUGCCUCGACCCCUUUGGGGGCACAGGGAAAUGGCAUCCAUCAGCAUAGCUGAUGGAACACAGCCCUCGCAGCCCCUCCUGCUGGUCCGACUAUUGCUCCAUCCUGGUCUGUGGUCUCCUCUGGACGUGACCUGCUCUUCUCCCAGCUCCUGGGAAGGAGCAUCAGAGGCACUGAUGGAGGGGCAGGGCCCUCUGCCCUGGUGCUGGGUGCAGACAGCAAGGGCUCCCAACCCCACUGGACUGAAGAGAGGCUCCUGGAGCUGAGACACAAGCUUGCCCGUUCAGGUGGGGGGCUGCCCGGUACCCCAGGAAGUGAGGACAUGGAGUGUGAAUGGGUGUGCUUCAGCAGGGCCAGGGGCUGCACCUUGUGGCAGGUGGGAGCCAUCCUGGGCAGACACCUGGAAGACCCUGCUGAGAAGCAGAAGUUCCUUUCCUUUCAGGCCCCAGAGGGCUGCUUGGGCAAAUGGGGGUGGGUUGCUGGGAUGCGGCCCCAACGAUAUAUGGCCGAGGAUCUUGGAGGGGGUGUGUGUGGGUAGGAAAGGCUGUCACAUAGUGUGCUCCAUGUUCCCAGGGCCUGACCUGGGGUCCAACACCUCCCUAUGCCCUUCCUUCCCAAGCCUGUUGUCCAGAGCGUGGUGGUGACAGCUGCAGCCCCUAGGCCCCCUUUUGAAGUUGCCGUCAGGGAGGGCCUAGACGAACCACUGGGGAGCCAGAGCUCCAGGCCCGGGGCAGCUGCACCAGGCGAUGGUGGGAAAUUAGGGUGAUUAUGGGAGAAGAUCCAGUGGACAGAACAGAGGACAAAAAGCAUUAUUCCAUGGGUUCCAGAGUGAACAGUUGCUGCACAAGAGGGUGCUUCUGCCUCCUCGUCUCAACUGAAACUCAGCUGUCCCUGGGAUGACAAGACCCUCCGCCCCCAUUGGCCCCUCAAGUGGGGGCUCUGCUCUCCCUCUCCCAUGUCUGCGAUGCCUCGGGGGUCUGGAGGUCCCACCCUGGCUGCUCCUCGUCUCCUCCAGACCAUCUCCUUCCCUGUUCCAUGAACCUCCCAGCUCCUUGGAAGCUUAUGUACUUGAGUCACUGACCUGAUCCUUAGUGUGACUCCUCUAAUAUUCCAGCCUUCCUCCUUCUGCACAAACGGAGGAAAGCACAUCACCACCAGCCCCGACAUUAGGCCUGUUCAUGGGACAUGCUUUGGCUGAUGAACAGAGGUGAAGUGAUGGCCGUCCCUUCUGGGCCAGCACUUGAGACCAUGUGUGAUUUUCCAAAUUCCCUUGUUCCUGGCCUUGGGACUUGUGGAUGCGCCUGUCAGGAAGGAGAUUCGAUCUGUCCCUGGUGACCACCAUCUGCAGCCUCCACGCCACUGCAGACCCACACUGGCGUUAAACGGAGAGUGAGAAACCAGCCUUUCUUGUAAACCACUGAGAUUUGGGAUUGUUUGCUACCCCCACACAAGCUGGGCACCCUGACUGAUACAGAAAUUGUCUUCAAAGCGCAGUGGUGACUUGAGGGAAGAUGGAUGAGUGGGGAGCGGGCGGCAGAGACUACUUCUCUCCCACAAGCAGUGAGUAGCCAGGCAGAAAGUGUCAGAUCAACUAUUCUGGGUUUCCCGGGUAUGUGAGGGCGAGGAGACUGAGAAACCAUGGUCAGAGGCUGUGAGAAAUUCUGUCUGAGGCCCCUGGCCUCCCCCACCCUCAGGGGAGGUGGCAGUGGGUGGCCCGACCCUUGCGGACUGUAGGGGACAGAGCACAGCACUGAGCCAGAUGUUGGCCAGUGAGGCCAGAAUGUGGGAUCCCACAGCUCCAGCCCAUCGGGGUCCGACACUGGGCAUCCUGGUUUCCACACUGGAGGCGAACGGGCAAGGAGCCAGGACAGGGGCCUUUGGGGCUGAGAACAGGUGGCCGGUGUGCUCCAUCUGCUGGGCAGGCCGGAAAGUGCAGCCUGGUGACAUGGAGGGAGAAAAGGCUUUUUGGUGUCUCCCCUGACCCUCUCUGAGGGCCCGGUGGAUCCCGUCUGCUCCCCUGCUCGGGUCCCUGGCUGCGUUGGCUGGGAAAUAGAGACAAUCCAACUGUCAAAGAGGCUUUACACAAACCAAUCAAAACAAAAUCCUAGAGAAGUGAGAGAACCUGACCUUCAGAAUAAAGCAUCAAGAUAAUCAGACACCCAGAUAUCAGCAAAAAAUCAGAAGCCAUACUAUAACUCUGGAAGAUAUGGCCCAGUCAAAGGAGCAAAUU